UCUUGUGUUUGUGCUUUGUCACUUUGAAAAACAAAAGAAAGAAAACGGAAAAGAAAAUUCACUUAUUAUUCUUAGGGCUGCCAGCCAUGGAAACUUUGAACCAGUGACAGGUAUUUUCCCCAUUAUUUUACUCUCUCUUUCUUUUUUCAACGUCUCCUAUCAAUUAUUCAGCUACUUGCUGGCUCAUGCUAUUGUCAACUCACUCUGUUCUCUUCUGUUGAGAGGGGAGGAGCUGAAAAUGAAUUCUGUUUGUGUUUCUUGAACUGAUGAGGUAAUCAACACUCGAUGGUUUCUCGGUAAAUUUACCAAAAAUGGGUCAAGCAUUUUUCUCCAUAUUUCAGCUUGAAACAAAGAGGUUGCUAUGGCUUAUUGGCAUUACAUUUGCAGUGUUUUUACUCUUCCAGUAUUCUGAGCUUCCAUAUUUAGCAACAACAACAACAUCAUCAGGAAGCAGUAGAUUCCAUCCAGCAGAUCCUCCAUCUGAGUCUAUACUUAACAAUGUUACUACGGAUUUCGAUAUAGCAAACUCUACUAAUGGACAUGUUCUUGAGAGGAUAGUUGAUUCAACUAGUUCAUCAAUUGAAAAGGACAAUGUUUUGGGAGCAGGUUUUGUUGUAGAACCAAAAAAGGUAUCCAUAUCAAACACUUCAUCUCUUGUAGGAUUUGAUGAGUCCGAUGAAAAUCCCGUGGUCGAAAAUGUAAGGAUAUCGGAUAAUGGAUCUGCAAUAGAGCAGGCAGAGAAUCUUGAACUGAAGAGUUCUAACAAUAGUAUGGAUAUGAAUUUUACAAGAGAGGUCGACACUUCAUCUGAAUUAGAGCAUAAAUCAGAUACAUAUUUAAGUCCUCCAGUCGAAAUGCCAAAUAUUACACCUCCUCAAGGGUUAUUGAACAUUUCCAAUGAAAUCGAUUCGGAGAAUGAUGAGAGGCCAAAAGAUGAUGUCAAUGUGCUUGGCAAGAACUCUUCUAUCAGUAGUAUGCCUAAGGAGAAUAAAGAUUCUCGUAUAGCUGUUCCGAAAGUAACAUCAAUCUCUGAAAUGAAUGAAUUAUUGCUUAAAAGCCGUGUCUCGUAUCGUUCUAUGAGGCCAAGGUGGUCUUCAUCAGUUGAUAAUGAGCUACUGAAGGUUAGAUCGGAGAUUGAAAAUGCACCAAAGGUAGAGAAUGUUGAUAAUCUUUACGCCCCCCUUUAUCGAAAUCUUUCCAUGUUCAAAAGGUAUCAUCUGAAUAUUGUUACUUUCUUUAAAAUUUCUAUCCCUGACACUGACAUCACAUAUUUACAGACUUUUGUAAGCAUAUAUUCGACAGAAUUCUUAUGUUGCUAUCUUGUCCCUUACAUAAAUAUGCAAGUUAUCAACAAGGUUUUCAUAUUUUGAUGCAGAAGAAUCUCCUUUUAGUUCAGAGCAAACAUUUAACUAAAAUGGCAAAUAUGUGAACUUGUCUAAAAUCCAUAACAGCAAUCUAUUACACCUUAU